AUAUGAAACUAACAUACAGUUCAAAACAAACUACACAAACAAUUGAGCGUGGCUUAAAGUAGUGUUGGAUAAAAUUCUUUAAACAUUGCUUAAGAAUAAUGUGUGUUAGAUUAUCUUUAAUUUAUAAAACCAUUCCGUCUUUAAAUUUACAUAUUACAUAUAGAUAAACGGAAUCAAAUAUCUAUGUUGAACUUAAUAUUUACAUUGGUUAUAGGCAUAGUUGUAUUGAUAUUGUUUAAGAUUGGAUAUAUUUGUUACAAAUAUCUGAGAUUUUGUCGUCUGCUACGAAAACUGUCCGUCACUACCGUUCCGGGUCACUGGUUGAUUGGAAAUCUGCGCGAAGAUCAAAUUAAGGACUCUAAAUCAUAUAUUGAUUUAGUCUUGAAAGAAACAAACGAAAGAAACCGGAAGAUUAUUUUACUCUGGUUUGGACCUUUUCCGUCCAUUUCCAUUACUCAUCCGGAUACGUUUAAACAGCUUUCAAAGCAGGUGCCACUAAAGGCUCGCGGGUCCAUGGACGGUUACAGGUUCUUUGAGCCUUGGCUAGGAGAGGGUUUACUAAUUAGUGGAGGGAAGAAAUGGGAACGCAACCGGAAGCUUCUGACGCCAGCGUUUCAUUUCAACAUUCUGAACGGCUACGUUAACGUAAUGAACAACGUUGCAGAUAUCCUAAUGAAAACGUUUACAGAUGCUGCGAAGAAUGGUGAACCGGUUGACGUUUUUCCGAACGUGUGCCGGGCCUCUCUUGAUACCAUGCUACGUUGUUCUUUAUCGUACGACGAGGACCUGCAGAGUACCAGUGUUUCCGAAUACUUAAACAUUGUCAAAAGACUAUCUCAAAUAAACUGGGAACGGUCACUAAAUCUGUCAUUGCUGUCGGAUACGAUGUUUAACCUUUCCUCGCUUGGAAGAGAAUUUUACAAACUUUGCGACAAGGCUCAUAAGUUUACAGGAGACAUCAUUGAGUCGAGAAGAAAAGAAUUGGAUAAGCAGCAGAAUGACGUGACUGGGAAGCGCCGUCUGGAUUUCUUAGACAUAUUAUUAACUGCACGAGAUGAACAUGGGCUCGGCUUGUCUGCACAAGAAAUACAGGAUGAAGUCGAUACGUUUACAUUUGAGGGUCAUGAUACAACAUCAUCAGCCAUUAGCUGGACAAUCUUUGCUCUUGCUAAACAUCCAGUCCUACAAGAGAAGGUUUUCAGUGAAGUCAGAAAUAUCAUUGGAGGGAAUGACAGCUUAUCACCGUACGUUUUCCGACACCUUCUUCAUUUUUAUUUUAGUACUAUAGCCGGGGCCAUUUUUCGAGCAACAGACAAACCGAUUGUUUUAGAUGGUAUAGAGAUUCCUGUAGGUGUCAGUAUUUGGGUACAGAUAUACUGUAUUCAUCAUAAUAAAGAUGUUUGGCCGAAUCAUGAGGUAUUUGAUCCAGAAAGAUUCAGUGCAAACCAAAGAGAUGAAACAGAUAUUUAUGGAUUCAUUCCAUUUUCAGCUGGUUCUAGAAAUUGUAUCGGACAGGUUUUUGCAAUGAAUGAAAUCAAAAUAACAAUUGCCAAACUAGUGAAGAGGUUCGAGUUCCAGGUUGACCCGGAGAAUGAGCCGGUUCUGCUACCAGAUAUUAUCAUGAGGUCUCAAAAUGGAGUGCACGUGAAACUGAUAGAACGGAAGCAUUAAAUUUUUGAAAAAUUGAACCGUUUUCUUAAUUUCAAAUACCGAUUUUAAAACUUAAAAACGAAAUAUUGAUUUGUUAAACAUUAAUUCAACUCAUGUCUCAUUUUUUCUAUUAAUCAUUAUCUUACUUCAUCUUUUGUUUUUAAGAAAUUGAUCUAUAUAUAGUAUGCGAUGAAAACGCUAUAGAAUCAGAAUAACAUUCCUAAUUAAGCUCAGAGAUGGAGUUUUGUAUCUCAUGUGAUGAAAACGCUAUAGAAUCAGAAUAACAUUUCACAUUAAGCUCAGAGAUAUAAAAGUUUUGAAUCGUAUGUGAUGAAAACGCUAUAGAAUCAGAAUAACAUUUCAUUUUAAGCUUAAAUAUGGAGUUUUGUAACUUAUGUGAUGAAAACGCUGUAGAAUCAGAAUAAAAUUUUACAGAUAUUGAUGAAGAACAUUUAAAUAUUUUAGUCAAUUACCAUCGCCAGGUUUGCGCAAGUUUAAAAAAGUGAGAAAAAUGUUUGUUUGAUUUUGUAAACAACAAAAUAGAAUUAUGUUUAUAGAAUUAUGU